ACACACACACACACACAGGGCACACAACCUGGAGCUGGUGUCAGUAGGCAUCUCCUUCCAGAGAGGAUGAGAAGGCGUAUGGCCCUGAAUGAGCAAGGCGUCCCAGAGAGACAACUCCGGCUCCUCUGGGAAAGGAAACAAGGAAGGGAGGGAAGUUACACUUUUGACUCUGCCCUGGAGUUUUUGUCCUGAGGAUUUGUGGGAGUUAGUUUACGGCCCUUUUCUGAUUCUCUUGCAAUUCGGUUUCCAUCCCUCUACAGAUUAUUUCCUCGGUCUCUUCGGCUGUUCUUGCCCUUCCCAUUUCUAAACUCAGCCUUAGUUUGUCAACCAUGUUGAGGUUGAACUUGGUGAUAACUGCUCUAGAAGUCUUGGCCCGUUUUUUUUUUUUUAAUUUCUUUAAUUAUGUGUGUGUGGGUAUGUGCAUGUGAUGUCUGUAGAGGCCACAAGUGUGGGAUCCCCCAAGCUAGUUCCAGUAAGCUGUGAACCCCAGGACGUGUUCUUAACCACUGAGCCAUCUCCCCAGCCCCUGCCUCCUGAAGAACGGUAUAAAGCUUCUUCUCUUGGAUAGGGUGGGCCAUACCUUUUUGGAGGUAAUAGUGUUACAGAACUUGAGGUUGUGGGGGGGGGGCCUGGUUCCUCUGGAUCACCUCGCUCCUCAAGGCUGCAUAGCUGGUGUGGAGGUGACAAAAGCUGGAAGUGCCUCGGGUCUUUGGGGGACAAAUACUCCUGUAAAUAGGGAUGCGACUACGUAUUUCGGUUCUCAUUUUUUAAUUCACCAGGUUUGGGUCACUAUGUUUUGGCUUUUUCUUUUCGUUUAUGUUUGGGCAGGGAGGAAUCUCGUACCUGAACAAGCUAGAAAAGUCACAGAGUGAGCAGCCAGGGGAAUCCAGUGCUUCUGGAAAGCUGCUCAAAACACUGGGUCACGCUCUUGGGUCAGCAAACCAAGUGUGUGAUUUGGAGUUUCGCUGAUAUCAGUUGCUACGGAUGUAAUUUUCACCGGCGGCUUGAGAUACCCUUGUAGAUACAAAAGUAGAAAUGAAGGUGGGUUGGGAGCUUGGUUAGGUCAAUAGAGGUUUCCGGGAGCCGCCCUUUGGGGCCCGAAGCGCUUCCCCCCCAGUCUGCAGAGGGCGCUGUGGGCGCCUCCGCCACACGGCCCCGAAGCCUCCCCGGGGAGGAGCCUCUCCUGUAGCCGCCGCCGCCUCCGCGAUCGCAAACCCGGAAGAAGCCUCUGUUUGCUGGACUGUACCGGCCGGCUUGGCAUUGCCAUGCAGCUCGAGGAGGUAGGUCUGGUUCCCGCUCCAGCGAGGGAGCCGAGACUGACCCGCUGGCUGCGGAGAGGCAGUGGGAUCUUGGCGCACCUGAUAGCUUUGGGCUUCACCAUCUUUCUGACUGUGCUGUCCCGGCCAGGAACCAGUCUUUUCUCCUGGCACCCUGUGUUCAUGGCCUUGGCGUUCUGUCUCUGCAUGGCUGAAGCUAUCCUACUCCUCUCCCCUGAGCACUCCCCGUUCUUCUUCUGCUCUCGAAAGACCCGGAUUCGACUGCACUGGGCAGGGCAGACCAUGGCCAUCCUCUGCGCUAUCCUGGGUUUGGGCUUUAUCAUCUCCAGCAAGAUCCGCAGCGAGCUGUCCCAUAUGGUGUCCUGGCACAGCUGGAUAGGAGUUCUGACGCUCGUGGCCACUGCGGGACAGGCACUGUGUGGGCUCGGCCUCCUCUGUCCGCGGGCAGCCCGGGUCUCAAGGGUGGCUCGUCUCAAGCUCUACCAUCUGACAUGCGGCCUGGUCGUCUACCUGAUGGCUACAGUAACAGUGCUCUUGGGCAUGUACUCAGUGUGGUUCCAGGCCCAGAUUAAAGGUGCAGCCUGGUACCUGUGCCUGGCACUACCGGUGUACCCGGCCCUGGUGAUCAUGCACCAGAUCUCCAGCUCCUACUUGCCAAGGAAGAAAGUGGAAAUGUGAAUGCCUCCAAACUCUGAGCCUAGGCGGGAUUCUUGGACUUCAGCGGUUCCUUGGCACACCCCAGAGGCAGACGAUGUUUUGCACUGCGUGGUUGAGCCACAGGGUGCAGAAACCCUAGCUGUUACUGCUGAGGGAUGAUCUGGUGGGCUCCAAUGGGGGAAAUGUACUACUGGGUGCAAGUGGAAGGUUCUGGAGAACCUGAAGCCUCACCUUGAUGGGAUACAAAAGUAUUAGGUGGUGGUGCUGAUGGUGACGGUGGUGAUUAUUUGCUUGUGGAGUUCCUGUUGGUUAUGAGUGACAGCCACAGGCAGAUAUCGGGGUCCCUUUGGAAAGGCGGUACUGUGGAGAGCCUGUGGUCUCUUUGGCUGUGCUGUACAGUCGCCCUUAGACAAGCUCCGUAUCUCAGGACCUCAGUUUCCGCAUCCUUUAUCAUUUGGUGUCCGGCAGAUUGAUGUUACUGAAUACCCCCAUAGCUCUGGACCAUGUGAACAGCUCAGGAUGUAAUUCUCUCCUCCAUGCUUCCUUCACUCCCCUGGAAGGACAACUCUAUACCUGCAUCCUUCAGAAAUCUGUGCUGGCUCCACUCCUGAACCAAGGAACAAGGGCCACGAAUCAUGGAAAGAAGGGACCGAGGUGAGGGUCCCCUGGACAAUAAGAUAGUAAAGGCACUAAAGUCACUUUAAAGUUCUUUGGAGGAACAGAAGGGCAUUGUCCUUAACCAAGCCCUGGACUCCUGACCUCCUUAGCUCAGCUAAGAACUUCCUUCAGGCUACCUCUGGGUCUAGAUUGUAGAGUCUGGGCAUUCUCUCGACAUUCAUUCUCAGGGCAUCUGACACUGCCCGUAGGACUUAGAGUAUUUACUUAGCACAUUGCUCCAGGGAACUAUUCUUGGGCUUUUGGAACAAAAUAAAAACCAGGGAGUGGGACCCCCUUGAUUCAAGGAACUCAGUGUCUCCCUGAUUGUCCUUCCCUUCUUGUCAUUUAAGUUUUCCUUAGCUGUUCCCUGCCAGCCCCUUGGCUUAAGAGUGGGAUGAUUUUGGUACCAACUGGGCUCUCUUCCCUGCCAAGAUACCUCCUUGGUCCAGCUGAGUUCCUCAGAGCAUCCUUAGCGGUGAGGACUGGAUGUCAAAAUGCUUAGCUGUGGUGUGGGUCAGUCCAGGAGAUCCUAAUAAGGAGUAGAGAUUGCUGAGCCAGGAAAUGUCCUCGCCCAGCUUUCUCCCUGGGAGGCAGAGCCCAUCAGAAACUAUGGGAGGCCUGCAGUAUAGGGGCUUGAGCACAGACAAAGGAGAAGUAUCUGUUCUAUGUCUCGGAUCCUCUGAAGAUUUAAGGCCUCCUCUCCAGGUAGCUCAGAAAUUAGGCGGGUGGGAUUCAAUAGUAUGGGGAUGGGGACGCUAGAGCUGAAGUGGCCUCUUAGUGGCCCUCACUGUGCUUUUUCUCAGGGAGAUAGCAUCUCUCAUAAGUUGUCUAAAUACAGCUUACUGAACAGAGGCUCGUGCAGCGCAGAGGGAAACCAUUCUUGUCUUUUUCAACACCCGCUCUCCCUCUCAAGCUGUCCAGUGUGCUGUGAGCUUGGAAGGAAUGGUUACUGGGCCACAUGAAAGAGGGUCUCACUAGGGUCACUUUGAUGUAGGGUUUCCCAGGGUGGGCCAGGUAAGGUUCAGCAGCUCGUUCUCAGAGAGAGAGGCGAUGCCGGAAAGCCUGAGCCUGCCUGAGGUGUUGCCUCUUCCCAGGUGGUGCGGGGGCUGGUGGGCGGGCG